CUCGGAAUGGCUCGUUCAAUGACAGUGCUACGAUAGCUAGGAUGCCCAGCCUGAAAUGGUCAAUCCUACAAAAAUAUACGGCUCAACUGGAUUGCUGCAAUGCUUCGAGUUGAAGUACACGCCUCGUCAAUCCAGCUGUCUGGGACAUCCAGGUAUCGUUCUUUGUCCCGGACCAUCUCAUAUGUCGAGCAGAACUUCUCGUGGGCUUGCAUACGAACGUUUGCCAUGCGAAGAUAUUGACACUGCGGCGUGCGAGGGCAGCCUGGACAGCGAUAUCGGCUUGCAGAAUGCCAUUUGCGACGAGUUUCCUGACAGACAGCGUGUGGAACAAAAUCUUCUCCGUAAAGUCGACCUUAGGAUGUCCAUCCUCGUCCUCAUUUAUAUCUUAAACUAUAUCGAUCGCAAUAAUGCAGCUGCAGCUAGAUUACGCGGCUUUGAGGACGAUCUUCAUUUAGAAGGGCAACAAUUCAAUACCAUAUUGAGUAUUCUUUACGUCGGCUACACACUAAUGCAGGUUCCAUCCAAUAUGUACUUGAACAAGAUAGGGAGGCCCUCCAUAUAUCUACCGAUAUGCAUGGCAAUAUGGGGUCUAAUAUCAGUCCUAACGGGAACGACAAAGGGCUUCCUUGGAGCUGUAUGCACUCGGUUUUUCCUGGGAUUCGUCGAGGCCGCAUUCUUUCCUGGUGCUUUAUUUCUCCUAUCUAAAUGGUACAAGCGAAGAGAGCUUGGACAACGAACAGCGAUAUUAAGCUGUGGUAUUAUGAUCAGUAAUGCCUUUGGGUCACUUUUGGCAUCAGCUAUUCUGGACGGCAUGGACGGAGUCAUGGGUAUCGCAGCUUGGAGAUGGCUGUUUUACAUCGAAGGUUCUAUGACCAUUUGCGUCGCAAUAUGCGCCAUAUUCAUCCUUCCCGACUUCCCUGCCACUACCACGUCGUCUUCCUGGCUCACAGCCGAAGAACAAGUUCUUGCUCAAUUACGAAUGGAGGAAGAUGCUGGUGUAGAUGAUGAAACUGAGUGUUCCAAAGGUGGGGAAUCGGGUCUGAAGCAGGCAUUCGCAGAUUGGAAGGUCUGGUGGCUUGCGCUUGCGAUGGCGGUCUUGAAUGUCUUGCUAUCGUUCAACGCCUUUUUUCCAACGUUGAGUGCAACGCUAGGCUACAGUUCGACUGUGUCAUUGUUGCUUUGCUCCCCACCUUGGCUGUUUGCAACAUGCGUGGCAUUUUUGAUGUCAAGACAUUCUGAUGCAACAGGCGAACGUUUUGGCCACAUUAUGAUACCUUUACUCGUCGGGAUCGCCGGGUUUAUGAUGGCCAUGGCGACUAUGAACACCGCAGUUAGAUACCUCUCAUUAUUCCUGAUGGCUCAGUCUUAUACGGCAUUUGUCGUGUACUGGGCAUGGGUGAGCAACUCUAUUCCCCGUCCAACAUCAAAGCGGGCCGUAGCCCUUGCAUUCAUCAACGCAUUCUCGUCAUUAGGAAAUAUCGCUGGCUCCUACGUCUGGCCAAAGUCAUGGGGUCCUGCCUAUUGGAACUCGUAUGCUAUCUGUAUAGGAAGCGGUAUUCUUUGCAUCGUAAUGUCGUGGAUAUUCAGGCGACACUUGGUGCGGUUGAAUCAGGAGAUCGAAGCAAAUAAGACAGAAGAGGGGCUGGAGGACUUCACAUAUCUGCUAUGAUUAAUGUCAUCAUGGGCAGGCUACUAGUAAUAUCUACUGCAUUGUAGUAGUCGACAUUCUUUUGUGCGUAGAAAUCGUCGUCGUUUGGUCGUCGAUUACCACAAUAUAUAUAUACUUGCCAUGUU